AUGAAUUCUGUGCUCGAUGAAGAUGUGGUAGAUACAGAUAGAUUAAGCAGUUUGCCUCUUGAUCUUAUUCGUCAUAUUCUAUCUUUAAUGGAUAUGAAAUAUUCUGUUCAAACUUGUGUCUUGUCUUCAAAAUGGAAGCAUAUAUGGACCUCACUUCGCCAUAUCAAACUCUCAACUUCGGAAUUUGAAGAACUAGGUCAGUUUAUAAGAUUUACAAGGCAUGUCAUAGCUCGCCGUGACAAUCAACUAGAUGUUUCUUCACUUGAACUCACUUUUGAUGGAACACUCAGCCAGAUUUUGCUAAAAGUGCUUCUAAAUUAUGUGGUCUCUCACAGUGUUCAUCAGCUAACUAUUUACACUUCUGAGAGAGAUCGAAAGAUCCCAAUUUGUAUGUUUGAGUCCCAAUCUCUGAAGCACUUGACCAUGAUGAACAUUCAUGAAGAUUAUUGCAUUGUACCACAGUAUCCAUGGGAUCUUCCCAAUUUGACAACUUUGAAUCUCUAUCAAAUUGUGCUUUCUGAUGCAAGAUCUGCAAAUAGAGGGUCCCUUGAUAUCUUCUCCAAGUGUAUAAACUUGAAGAUAUUAAAUUUAACCGAGUGCUUCAUGGCAGCGGUUAAGGUUUUUAUUGUAUCCGCUCCUCGACUUGAGAGGGUGAGUAUCAAAAAGUGCCAAGUCAACAAGAUUUUCAUUUCAGCACCCAAUCUCACAGCUUUUGAUUAUACUGGGGAGUACCCUUUAACCCUGUCGACAAUUGGUCUCCGGCAUUUAGAUAAAGUGGAUCUUUAUCUUCAUGUGCCUACUCCACAUUCUAGUUUCAAAGAGGAAGAUGCUCGUCGGCUUGUCAAAUUGCUUCAGGAGUUUCAAAGUGCCAAGUUCCUUAACCUUGAAGCAUGUGCCAUUGAGUCGCUAUUCUUGUAUCCGGAUAUAUUAUCUCAACCAUCACCAUUCCACAACUUGAAGCAUCUGAACAUUGUGUUCCAGAAAGAGGAAAUCAAAUUUACAGUGCCUAAUCAUGUCAGAAACUACUUUCAGCAGAGCUCUCCAAGUGUUACUAUUGCAACGAAGGUGCUUAAGAGAAUAUAUGCUUAAAAGGAGG